AUGGUGUCCGAGGAGCUACGUUCCUAUAAGGGGUGGGUUGAGCUCGAGUCUGAGCCCAAAUUCUUCCAAGCCAUGUUGCACGAGAUGGGCGCUCCGGACCUGAAAAUCAUAGAGUUGUUCAGCUUGGAUGAUAAUUCCCUUGAUGCCCUCUCCAAGCCAGUCUAUGGUCUCAUCUUCCUCUUCCCAUACGACUCGUCGGCCCAGCAAAAUGCGGAAGAGCGUCAGGAUUGUCCCCAAGAGCUCUGGUUCGCGAACCAGACCAUUUCAAACAACUGCGCUACCGUGGCGCUCAUGAACAUAGCCAUGAACAUACCGGAUGCAACGUAUGGCCCGGAGCUCCAACAGUUCAAAGACCAGACGGCAUCUCUCUCCUACUUCGGUCGUGGCAAUGCCAUUGACCACAACGAAUUCAUUCGCUGUAUACACAAUUCUGUCGCCCGGCGUACUCAGCUUCUCAACGAAGACCUGGCCUGGAAGAACCAGGCCGAAGCGGCCGAGAGGGCCACGCGGAGCAAGCGAGCCAUCAAGGCCCCGAAAGGCAGGGGCAAAGUCAGGAUCCCGGUCACCGCUGCCAGCAAUCAAGCCUCGAUUACUAGGAAGAAGAACCAACUGGCCAACGCCGCGAUGCACUACAUCGCAUUUGUCCCGCACGCCGGAAAAGUCUGGGAGUUCGACGGUCUGGAGGAUAAGCCCCUCUGUCUCGGCCCACACGGAGGUGAAAGCGAUGACUGGGUCAAGACAGCAGUAGAGACUAUCCAGGUCCGCAUGGCAGCAGGCAUCUUCUCGACCAACUUCAACCUCCUCGCCGUGUGUACCACACCGCUACAGAGCCUGGAGGACAGGCUGGUCCAGAGUCUCGCCGCGGCCCAGACGCUCGAGCAAGGGUACCGGGCCGACGACCGCUCGUGGCCACACCCACCGAUCUCGACGCUGUUCCCGCCCGAGAAGCUCGAGCGCCUGAACCACCUGACAUGGGAAAUGGCCGCUAACGUCGGCCCCACCGAAGCCUUUCUCGAGAAGAUGUCCCAGCCAGGCUUCGGCAGGGAGCAGGCCGCGCUGCUGAUGGCCGAGCUCAUCGUCGAACAGAACGACCUCGAGGCCGCGCUCGCCGCCGAGAUCGACAGCCACCAGAGCGCCCGGACCGAGUACGAGUCCCGACAGAGGGAUUUCACGCCGUUCAUCCACCAGUUCCUGCUCGCCCUGGCCGAGACCGGCCAGCUCGAGGAGACUCUGAACAACUUUGUCGAGACCUAG